UCCCAUCCGGAACCCAAAGGGCAGCAUUUAACAGUUGGAUACAAACUCGAAUUCAGUUUCGACUCCACGGUGACACAUUUUUAGCUCAGCUUGACAGAGAAGAUGAGCGGACGUGUCGGCGACCUCAGCCAAAAGCAGGAGGAAACGCUGACGCAGUUUCGAGAGAGAAUAGAAGACAUUCUCCCCCAGCUCCCCUCGCAACAUGACCAUUUUCUGCUUCGCUGGCUUAGAGCCAGAAGUUUCAAUGUACAGAAAGCAGAGACAAUGCUUCGGAAGCAUGUGGAAUUCAGAAGGCACAUGAAAGUAGACACAAUAACCACUGACUGGCAGCAACCAGAGGUGAUCACCCGGUACCUGGCUGGUGGCAUGUGUGGCUAUGACCGGGAGGGGAGCCCCAUUUGGUACGAUGUGAUUGGCCCACUGGACCCCAAGGGCCUCCUCCUGUCUGCCAGCAAGCAAGACUUCCUCAAGCGCAAGAUCCGCGACACUGAGAUGAUGCAGAGGGAGUGUCGGCUGCAGUCACAGAAGCUGGGAAAGGUUGUGGAGUCCAUCACCCUGAUCUAUGACUGCGAGGGGCUGGGACUGAAACACCUGUGGAAACCUGCCAUCGAUGCGUAUGGAGAAAUCCUCACCAUGUAUGAGGAGAACUACCCCGAGGGCUUAAAGAGGCUGUUUCUCAUCAAAGCCCCAAAGCUCUUCCCUGUGGCAUACAACCUGAUUAAGAACUUCCUGUGUGAGGACACGCGCCGCAAGAUCAUUGUCCUGGGAGCCAACUGGCAGGAGGUGCUGCGGAAGUACAUAGACCCAGAGCAGCUGCCCGUUGCCUAUGGGGGUACGCUGACCGACCCAGACGGGGACCCCCGAUGUAAGACCUGGAUAAACUACGGGGGCGAGGUGCCAAAGUCGCACUACGUGCAGGACUCUGUCAAAGUGCAGUAUGAGCAGAGCGUCACCAUCGGCCGAGGCUCCUCCCACCAGCUGGAGUAUGAGAUCCUGUUCCCAGGCUGUGUGCUGCGGUGGCAGUUCGCGAGCGAGGGGGCAGAUAUUGGCUUUGGGGUGUUCAUGAAGACCAGGAUCGGCAGCAGGCAGAAGGCAGGGGAGAUGCAGGAGGUGGUGCCCAGUCAGCGCUACAAUGCCCACCUGGUGCCUGAAGACGGCUCCCUCACCUGUGCUGACGCAGGCGUCUAUGUAUUGCGAUUUGACAACACCUACAGUGUCCUGCAUUCCAAGAGGAUCAGUUUCACAGUGGAGGUUCUGCUGUCUGACAGCCAAUUGCAGUCUGAGAGGAACAGGGAUUGAUAGGCUGGGUCAGAUAUGGAAUUCUGCUCAGAUGACCAAUAGCAUCAUAGAUAUGACAAAGAACACUGACUCUCUUCUUCUGUUUCACAAAGGUGGCUUAUGUACUGUAGCUACACAACAGCUUCCAACAAAGACUUAAUGCUGAAAGUCAUAAUCUUUCAUCAUAACUCAAUAACAAGAUAAUAAUGUUUAUUUCCAUAAUACUUUAAUCUGAUGAACAGUCGAUCAACAUCCAUAAUAACACAUUAUAACCCUUUCAUGUUACAUCUUAAAGGAAUUACCAGUAUUUUUUACAUUGAUAUGAUAUGAAGAAGAAAUACUUUUCUCUUAAUUGCAAGUCUAAUCUAUCCUUACAGUAUGUUUCUUUUGUCAGUAUAGAGAUUGUUGUAAUAUUUUCCUCACCAAACAUCAGUUUGAAUUAAUUCUUAUGAAGUCCAACUGAAGUGACAAACAACUCAUCUGUGAAGCUUCUGUAAAUUACAUCAUGUUUUUAGAAAUUCAAACAAGUUCUCAGCUGCUAGUCAACUAUGUAGGCCUACCUCUUAAAGAAUGUAAAAGUUAAUUUGUUAUUUAUUUGUAAUUAUUACAUCAGGAUGAUUUACAUCAACAAUUUGUUAAACUAAUUUAACAAUGUGAAUGAAAUGUCUGUGUGUAGCAGUAAACUUUUUUUUUUUAAGUUUUAAUCAUUUUCAAUAAACUGCUCUCAUGAAAUGACUGUAGUCCAUAAAAUAAAAGGUUGGCAAUACCAUAAAAAGAUUGGUUGCCAUGCAAUAAUGCUA